AUGGCUCGACUUCAUUCAUCAACGACAUUGACUGAAACGCUCUCAGGGUACUGUUCAUUGUUCUUGGCGGUGAUGUUGGUUUUGAGCUGUUGCGAGUCAUUUGUUACUGAAAACGAAAGAAUGGUGAUACAGGUUCGGACUAACGACAUGAGUUAUAGGCCAUGUGACGAGAUUUAUGUGGUUCGUGAAGGAGAGACGUUGCAUACUAUCAGCGAAAAGUGUGGGGAUCCUUAUAUUGUUGAAGAAAACCCGCAUAUUCAUGAUCCAGAUGACGUUUUUCCUGGGCUUGUUAUCAAGAUUACACCAUUCACGAAUAGGUAG